AUGACGCGUCCUGUCGAGUAUCGCCUUCAAGGAAGUGAUGGCUGCUUUAAAUGGUCAUGGGAUCAUCACGAUAUUCUAUCUGUUAUACCUGAGUAUAAUUUAAGCAGCAGCCAUUGUUCAACGAGUGCACGGUUGAGAUCAAUUGCUCCCUUUAUGGGUAGAAAGGAGACAGCUAUUUAUGCUGCUGAUGUACACACUGGCAUUGUAAUUCGCUGCAAAGUUUUUAUCGACAAUAUUUCCAGAAUUCAAAUAUUUCAUAAUUCUAUUAAACUUGAUUUAGAUGGUCUUGCUACUCUCCGAGUUCGUGCUUUUGAUCGUGAAGAUAAUGUGUUUUCGUCAUUAGUGGGAUUACAAUUCAUGUGGCAGCUAAUGCCUGAAAUGGAUGGAUUGCCACAUCACCUUGUCCAUGUUCCUCUCAGGGAUUCUCCGCUGAGUGAUUGCGGGGGUUUAUGUGGUGAUUUAAACAUCCAAAUAGAACUUGAAGAUAGUGGUGUAUUCUCAGAUUUGUUUGCCGUGAAAGGAGUUGGAAUUGGCCAUGAGAUUGUUUCUGUGCAUUUGCUUGAGCCACAAUUUAAGCACAUGGCUGAUAAGAUUGUUCUAACUGUAGCAGAAGCCAUGUCACUUGAGCCUCCCUCACCUGUUUUGGUCCUUAUUGGUGCUGCUUUUCACUAUACUCUCAAAGUCAUUCGUGGAAAUAUUCUGCAAGGUUUCUUUCUUGAAUCUCUUUCUUUUGCACUUAGUAGCAUAAUUUUUGUUCGGUUCAUUGUCAAGUUUGAUGACUCUGCUCGAAAGAGAUAUGGCUGUAUAAUACAUAAUUCCGAAUUCCUUUUGCCAGUAUCAACUUCUGAUUCUAUCAUUGUGGUUGCUCUACCAUCUCCGCAUCAUAGGUGGUCUGUUUUGAACUCUUCGGUUGCAGAAGUGGACUACAUGUUAGGCUUUGCUCAUGCACUGAGCUUAGGGGUAACUUCUGUCAUUGUUGAAGAUACUAGGGUUGCUGGUCACAUGCAAGUUUCAUCACUUAGUGUGGUUCUACCUGACACUUUAUGCUUGUACAUAAUGCCUUUGUCUGUUUCUGGAGAUCCUGUUGAUGGAUUGAAAGCUGUUCCAUCCUCAGCACGUUGGUUUGUUGUUUCUGGUCGACAAUAUCUUAUUCAAAUGAAGGUUUACUUGGGAGCCUCUGAUGCACAAGAAAUCUAUAUUACAGAGCUAGAUGUUAGUAAAUCUGUGUUAAAUGAAGUCUUGAAUGAGCAGCCCGAGUGGCUGCUAAAGAUAGAUCAUAGGUUGAAACUGUACCGUAAAGUACUUAGUGAUGAUCUUAAGUUGCACAAUGAGCAGUCUGAAUACUGGAUGGUUUUCUCGUUAUCAAAGGAUAUUGUGGAGAAACAUGGCUGGCAGAAUUCUAGAAUUCUGAGAGCAACUUCCCCGGGUCUAGGAAAACUAACAGCUUCUUUAAAUUAUACUAGCGGGCACCAAGAGAGAAAAGAGGUUCAUAAGGUUGUGCAAGAAAUCAUGGUAUGUGAUCAAGUGAAGUUCAGUUUGGAUGGAGCAAGUGGUACCCAUCACAAAAUUCUUCUUCCCUGGACCCCUACAAUUUACCAGGAGGUGGAGCUAAAGGCAACAGGAGGCUGUGCAAAAACAUCCAGUGAUUAUAAAUGGUUUUCUUUAGACAUGGCUACUGUUUCGAUAUCUCCAUUUGGGGUUCUUCAGGCAAAAAAGCCUGGUAAAGCGACUGUUAGAGUAGUGUCCAUUUUUGAUUCUUCCAAUUAUGAUGAGGUGGUCAUCGAAGUUUCUGUACCAUCAUCUAUGAUUAUGCUUCAAAACUUUCCUGUAGAGACUGUUGUAGGAUCACACCUUGCAGCUGCCAUAACAAUGAAAACAUCAGAUGGUGAAGUCCUUUCCCAAAAUCAUCAGGAAUGUGCUUAUGGUUAA